AUGACUAUAGCAACAACUAGCAGCGACAACAGCUCAAUAAUAGAAAGGCAAACAUCCAAUGGAUCAUCAAGCAUUGAGACCAAUGGUACCGCCGUGGGUGCUUACCAGGAACGGAUCACCACAUCACCAUCACCACCACUAACACAGGCACCACCUGCCAACAAGCAUCCAAAGAAUACGCUCAUAGAAAAAACCAUGCAAUCAUUACCGACGCUGUCAUCAUCACCAUGGAUGGACAAGGUGCAGCGUGGAUUUGUAUACGCUGGGUUAUUCAUGGGCAUAUUUGCCAUCAUUGUCCAAUCCUCGAUUGUGGCCCCCGCCAUGUCAAAGAUCGCUACAGAGAUGCAUGAUAUUGGAAAUCAAACAUGGGUAGCCGUAGCCUAUUUCUUGGGAUUGAAUUGCGCACAAGCAAUAGCUGGAAAGUUUGUGGAUAUUUUCGGUCGUAAACCUAUCAUGCUGUUUGGCCAGUCAUUUUUCAGUAUUGGAUCUUUGAUUUGUGCAUUGACUCCUAACAUGGAUGGUUUGAUUGCUGGUCGAGCCAUUAGCGGCUUUGGUGGUGGUUCUGUCAUCUCGCUUGCCUUUGUCAUUGCAGCCGAUAUUACACCCUUGGAACAUCGACCACGUAUCAACUCUGCUCUUAGCAUGGUUUAUGGACUUGCAGCCAUGACAGGCCCGCUAAUGGGUGGUGCAUUUGUUGACCAAGUGACUUAUCGCUGGGAUUUCUGGUUAAACUUGAUUCUUGGAUGUACCUCGUUGGUUAUCAUGGCCGUUUUCUUCAAAGAGUCGAAUGCCACGCUGACAAGAGAUGAGCCAUUGUGGGCCAAGAUCAAACGUAUCGAUGGGCUUGGUGUUAUUCUUAGUGCUGGCACAAUCACGUGUAUUCUAUGUGCGCUCAACUGGGGUCCCAUGCAUGGUUGGGGAGAUGGUCAUACCAUUGGUGCUUUUGUUGCUACCGGCGUAUCACUUUUAGCGUUAAUCAUCGUUGAAAUGAAGGUGGCUAAGGAACCAAUCUUCCCACCCCAGCUAUUAAAGAAUCCCAAGGUGUCUAUGCUCUACCUCUACAUGUGGUGUCUAGGGUUCGGCUUUGUUGGGAUCAUGUUUUUUGGCCCGAUUACAUAUCAAUCGGUCUUUGGAAGCGACAGCACAAUGUCUAGCGUGCGACUUAUUCCGUACUUUGGUGCUCUUAUUAUCGGAGCCUUGACUUGUGGUCAGCUAUUGCAAUGGUUUCCUUAUCCCAAGGUGUACAUGAUCAUCGCAGGCACCUUUGUGACGCUUGGGUUCAGCCUUUUCCAGCUGACAAAUGAAAAAUCAAAUUGGGGCCAUCAAGCGUGUUUCUUCAUAUUAUCAGGCUUUGGGUUUGGAUUUUCUCAACAAAAUGUAAUCUUGACCGCUCAAAGCAUCGCAGGGAAACAGUACUUAGCAAUCGCUACAACAUUAGUCAAUUUCUUCUUACUUCUUGCUUCACCAAUGGGACUUGCAAUUUAUGAAGCUGUGUUUGCCGCUUUCCGCUAUGCACAAUUUGAUGGAUUGCCAUCCGAUGUACUUGAAGUAGCUCAAGAAUACAAUGCACUUGAAAACUACCUAUACAUUCGAAAUGUGCCAGCUGAAUACCAACCACCCCUUGUUCAUGCGUAUAUGGAAGCAGUGCGCAAUGUGUUCAUUUUCCCUGCAGUCGCUGGUGGUAUUAUCCUUAUCAUAGCACUCCUAUCACCCAACGUACGCCUUGGUGGUGGUCAUCCAACAACAGCAGCAAAAGGCAUCAAGAAGGAUGAAGAAGCAUCUCACUUUUGCGAUAAAAAGUAG